AUGAAAUCAAACAAUCUACCAGUUGACCAGAAACAGAGAAAAUUAACUCAGUUAGCAUCAACACACAACCAAUAUCAACCAUUUUCUUCUUAUUAUCUUUGGUAUCUAAUCGACAGAUUUCAUUUUAUCAUCGAUGAUAUUCAAUCAAUUUUAACAUUUACGAAAAACACUUGUUUUAAUGAAUUUGCGAACGAAUUUAUGAAUGAAAGACAAAAGGCUGAAUUAGAAGGAAAUAAAGGAAAAAGUUUAUUUUGCAAGAUUUCACUUAAUGGAUCAUAUGGUUACGAUGCAAUGAAUACACAAAAUUACGCAAAGACUAAAAUAAUGAAUGCACAGAAGGCACGCGUUGCAUGUAUGUCAAAUAAGUUUAAAAACAUAAGAGAAAUAGGUGAAGAUACGUAUCAAGUGAUGCUCAAAGAUAGAUUUUAUAGAUGUGAAACAUGUUUACAAGAGGCAUUCUUCACUUUAGAUAAUGCUAAAUACUGGUAUUUGGUUUUCAUUUAUGAUUUUAUGUAUAAAUGCAUGAAUGUUAAUCGUUUUCAUUUCAUUGAAGGUGAUACUGAUUCAUCUUAUUGGGCAAUCGCUGGUGAUCCAAAUCUUCCUAACACUCAAGCAUUUCAAGCAAUUGUAACCGAUAAACAAUUUUAUGAUAAAAACAUUUACAAAUUCGCACCUUUUGAUUUCUUCUGUUUUGAUGAGAAAUUUAAACCUAAAUUAAAGAAUAAAGCUGAAGAAAAAGCACAUGAGAAGAAGUUAUUGGGUUUAGCAAUUGAGAAACAAGGUGAUAACAUGGUUGCUUUAUGCCCCAAGUGUUAUACAUCAUUCAACGGUUCAAUUGAUGGAAGUGA